AAUCCAACCCUUCAUUUGCAUUAUGAGAAUGGUUGUUGCUAUAUAUACCAAACUCAUCCCACACUUUUUCUCCGGUUCAAACAAUCCCAAAAGGCUCAUAAAAAGCUUGAUUAAUUUUCUACAUUUUUCUUUUUUGUUUAUUUUAGCAUAAAAGUUAUACUAAUAUGGGUAAUAGUUUAAGGUGUUGUUUGGCUUGUGUUCUUCCUUGUGGAGCACUAGAUUUGAUCCGAAUAGUUCAUUUGAAUGGGUGUGUAGAUGAGAUCACACAUUCAAUAACAGCAGGAGAGAUUCUCAAAGCCAACCCUAAUCAUAUUCUAAGCAAACCAAGUUCUCAAGGCGUUGUUCGCCGGAUUUUGAUCAUUUCGCCGGAGACUGAGCUCAAGAGAGGAAGCAUAUAUUUCUUGAUCCCGGAAACAUCUUUGCCGGAGAACAAACGAAAUGGAUCAAUCGUUAGUGACUCUCAUAUCAACAAGAAAUCGUCGUUGUCUUCAAAGAAAAGAAGCACCAAGUGCAGUGAUGAUGGCGAAGGCGAAGAUAAAAAUGGUCACUUACAAUAUAAAGAGAAGAAAUCAUCAAGACGGGAUCGCAAGAAAGGCCGUGUUGGAAUAUGGAGGCCUCAUUUAGCAAGUAUCUCUGAAGAUUAGAGAUAAUCCUCCGAGUUAUCGACCAGUGUCUUGAGCGUCAUGGCACUGGCUAAGAGAGAGAGCCAUUGAAAAAAAUUUAAUGGUUCAAUUAUUGAAAUAUAGUAACAGGAGUCUUUUUUCUUAUUUUAUAAGUGUAUGUGGGUAUUUUAUUUUGUGGAUAAAAUAUUUUUUUGCCUUGCUUUUUCCUA